AUGCGCCUUUCGCCGUCUUUGCCGGACCUUACUUCCCUUUAUUCCACGUCAGAUCCCGCCAGCGUGCAGUCGCCUUGUCCCACGACCUCUCCGUCUCCCACCACCGGCGACCUACCUCCCUUCUCUCCUUCAACGACAGCCCCCCUGCGAUGCAGCCCAAAUUCCAGCCCGAAAACUAAUCAUUUUCCCGGUCUGGAUGCGAUUUCUGCAGCGCGCCGAGCGAAAGCCGGUGGAAGCAAGACGAGCGUGAGUCAUGGCUCGGGCAUCAACAGCGGCCAGCCGAGGAAAAUCGCGUCGCUCGACACAGGGCCGCCGUUGCUGCGGCGCACGGAUCGCGAUCGCCGGUACUCCCUGGGCGGCAGCGGCGACUACCCCCGCAGCUUCAGCGUGAGCGCCGUGGUGGAGCUCAGCCGGGCUGAAUCAUUCACCGCGCAGCACCGUCCCGCACUCCCUUCCCUUCAAAGCCUGUCUGACGCUGCUGCAGCAGCACCCGUGGCGGGAGAGCAGCACAGGGGUCCUGCCAGGAGCAGGCGCGGGGGGGAAGGCAAGGAAAAAGAGGACAUGGUGCGAGGGGAUGGUAUGAGCGAGGGGUACGACUCGGACGAGGAUUUUGUGAAGCUGUACGGGCUGGUCGCGCAGCACCGCGCGGCAGAGCGCGCCAUCGUGUCCUCAGCCUUCGCCAAAGUGCUCUCCUCGCCUGCCCAAGGCAGCUACAGCCCCAAGGGUGGGACUAGCAGCGGUUGUAGCAGCAUUCCAGGGUCCGGAAGCGGUUUUCGCCCCAAGGAUGGGACUGGCAGCGGUUGUAGCAGUAUUGUCAGAUCAGUAAGUGGGUGCCUCUCCGUGGCUGGGUCUGGCAGCGGCUGUGGCAGCAUUGUCAGUCGGGGUCGAAUGAGUCUUGAUUCUGCAGUGGUGAAUGUGGCGUGUACUGGUGCUGGCGAGAGAGAAAGCAUCCAGUCGCUGAUGGUCUUGGGGAAUUUGCAGAUCAACGAGCAAAGACAUGGACACCAGCAGCAGUCGCAGAGGGAGAAGAGCUUUCUGGGGGGCCAAUCAGUCGCCGUGAUGGGCACUCCCGUGGCGUCACCGUUUCCUGCUCGUUGCGCGAAACCCGAGAAUAGCCGCGUGGUGAUCUCACAGGGGGCGGGCGGGGCGCUCGAGGUGCGCAUCCCCGCGGCGGGGUUCUUCCCGGACGGCGCCGUGGGGUGGAUCCUCUGCAUCCUCACUCCCUUCCUCGUAAGCCGCCUGCUCACUCCCUUGCUUGCAGGCCCUUCCUCACUGCGCUUCUUCUGA